AGACCAUGCGUAAUGGGGCGUUUUUUGUAAAAAUUUUUGCCCGAAAACGCCCUAUAACGCCCCACCCCCCAUUACAGGGGGCGUUAUGAGGCGUUAUUUUCGAAAAAAAAUUGCAGCGGCGUUUUAAAAAUAACGCUGAAAAUCGGUGGGGGCCACAUCUUUCGACCGUUGCCUUCAACGGUAACUUUCUUUAAUUUUUUUUUUUAUUUUAAAUAAUUCCCACUAUAUAUAUUUAACUCACAUUCACACCAUUUUUUAUACAAAACUUCACAAACUCUCCCACUUUCUUCCCACUUUUAUAAAAAAAACCCACUUUCUUCUUAUUUUUAUACCACCAUGCAUCCUUUCCGCCCUCCUUUUGGUGUCCCCGCUAGACCCGCAAACCCGAACACAACCCAACCGCAAACGCCAUUCAACCUUCAAGACAUGGACCCGAGCUUUUUAACUUACGCGGCUUACUUAAGUGGCGCCCCUCCGUUUGUUCCUCCAACUUUCGGCUAUGGUCAAGCCGGCGGGUCUCAACCGUCACAACCCGAAGCCGAACCCGAUGUGGAAGUCGUACCGGAGACGCAACCCGAACCGGUGCAAGAAACAUCGAAACGCGGCAAAAGGUCGCAUAAGAAAAAGGAUAAGGACGCACCGAGGCGUACAAAAAAUAUAAUCAAGUGGACGAAGGAAGAGGAAUACACGUUGACUCGGGCGUAUGUCGACAUUUCGGAGGACGAAGAGACGGCAAACUUUCAAACGGGUCCGGUUUUUUGGGAUAGGGUUCGUGCACUCUUCUUUAGCACGUGGGGUCAAGGCGAACAUCGGGACAAAGACUCGAUUUCUAGCAAAUGGACCGACAUAAACAACAAGUGUCAUGCGUUUCAAGAAGUCUUCCAACGUAACUACGAUAAUCGCCCGAGUGGUGAAGGUGACGUGGGGGUUUUAACGAGGAGUUUGGAGGAGUUCGACAGGACAAAAGGCCCUUUCGCCUACUACAAGUGUUGGGAGCUACUUCGAAAAAGUCCAAAGUGGGCGGUAGUUAACCCAAUGACGUCUAGUAGUAGACGUCGGGCUAAAAGGUCAAAAACAUCAUCCUCCGUUGACCCGUCAACUCCGACAUCGGAUGCCCGCAAUGUUGAUUUAAACGAGGCGGUGGACGAGGGCAUUCAAGAAGAGUUGGCCCGACCCGCCGGUAGAAGAAAGGGAGCCGGGAAAAAAACGCUCGAGUCGUCUUCCGAUCUCGAGUUAAAGGAUGAUUUCGAGGAGAUGAACCGUCGUCUCCAAGACAUUCGAGAUCUCGGCCACCAACGUUAUGAAAUUAUGAAGGAACGAAUGGCCGAAACAAAAAAAUUUAACGAGAUGCAAGAGGCGAGGCAAAUGGAAAAGGACAUCGAGUUUUUGUCCAAACCUAUCGACCACCUACAAGGCGAUGCGUUGAUCCUUGCGCAAAUGCGUCGCCAAAAAAUUAAAGAAAAAUAUGGACUCUAGAUGAUAUUAAUUUUUAAUGUUUUUUUUUAUUUUUUUCAGUUAUUUUUCUGUUUUUUUUUUUAUUUUCAGCUUUUUUUUUUUCAGUUUCGGUUUUUUUUAAUUUUUUUUUUCAAGUAAUGUAAUUUUUUUUAAAUUAAUGAAU